AUGGAUGCGUUCGCGUGUGGGAUGUGCGGCAGGACGAUGCACCCGUUGCCGCUUUUGAACCGGCAGAAAAAACUGAAGCAAGGGUACGACAACGGUGACGUCAAAAUGUUCGACCUGCGCACAAACAAGGUGAGGUGGGAAGACAAUGUGAAGAAUGGAGUCUGUGGGGUUCAAUUUGAUAGGCGGGACAUCGCCAUGAACAAGUUUGCCAUCGCCUGCUUAGAGUCCAAGUUUCACUGGUCUGAUGCGAGGACACAUCAUGCCAAAAAGGGAUUUGCCCGGCUUACGGAGGAGGUGACAGGUGGCUCCACUGUGUGGGGCGUUCAACACUUGCCGCAAAACCGGGACAUUAUGAUGGUGGCUGGAGGUGACGGGACUCUGUCUCUGUACAAGUAUCAUUACCCUGAUCAGAGAAAAUUGAAGGAUUCAAACGGCAUGGAAGCAGGCGUGGCAGGCACCACAGAGCUGCUGUCCUACAAGAAUUUGUCGACACAGCCCAUCUCCAGCCUGAACUGGUGUCCCGACAAGGAAGGCCUCUUCGUAUGCGGCUCAUUUGACCAGUGCGUUCGUGUGGGAAUCGUCACGAAGCUGCACAAAGUGUAG